CGCAUAUUAAGAAAAUUUCACAAAUUACUACAACGAUGUAACAAUUACGCGAAGGACUUUAUGGCGGUUGUCGACCUUCCGCCGGAGGUGUUGAACGGGAGGAAGUUGGUCAUAAAUCCGGAUGCCAUGUCUGAUGAGAAAUAUGCAAGGUAUUAUAACCGUCCUAUGGGUUUACAUGAGGUGUGUGUUCUGAUGGCCGAUGAACUCCUUCCUCGUGAGCUCGAGAUUCGUUUGCGUGCUCCUCUUCCUGGUGAGCGGCAGACGGUUGUGGUUCCAGAAUGUUCUCGAGUGCACGACUGCUUAAGGUACCUCGAAGACGACGCUGGAGCUAUGGCGCCACAGAGGCACUCGGAAGUUGGGGGGGGGGCACCAGGCAGUGGAGGGGACGGGGGCGACAGUGCGGGGGUUGGCAAAGGAGUCCCGCCUAGUGGAGAGGGCGGGCCUCGCGAUGACACCACGACAACGGAAGGCAGCGGUGGGGUGGAGAAGGUGGUCGUCGAUCGGCAUCCGUCUACUGGCCCCAGUCCAAAGCAUGCGAUGAAGUCCGCCGACCUCCCGACUUCGUCCACCAGCUCAUCGAGGGAGAUGAUGGUAGACUUGGUUGCUCUUGGUAGCCGCUCAGGCGGAGAGUCCAAGUCCGUCGGGAUCCAAACUACAUGGCCUGAGGUGCCGCGACAGGAGUCGGUCGUGCGGAGCGAGAUGGGGGUGGGGGUGUCGAGCCAAGAUGGCACAUUUGACAGUGGUGCUGUGAGGGAGCGGAAUGUGUCGCCUGAGGGGGAGCGGCGACUGCAAGGGUUGAAGCGAGAGGGUGCAAGUGGAGCGCCCGACGACAUGGAGAUGACGAAGUCCGCCGAGAUCCGAAGUUCUUCACGUGGGGAGGCUUGCCUAGGGAUUUCCGUACCGGCAGGAGGGGCAACAUGCGUGGAGACAAAAGGGCGGUCGUCUGGAUUCGACACGGGUUCGGGAGAAGGGGCUGAAUUGCAUGGAAGGGGCGGAGAGGAGGAAGGAGAGGAAGGGGAGGAAGGGGAGGAAGGGGAAGAAGGGGAGGAAGGGGAAGAAGGGGAGGAAGGAGAGGAAGGAGAGGAAGGGGGAGAAAAGGAGUCUAUUAAAUUGCUUGAAGGAAACGAGGGUGACAAAGGGAACAUGGAUAUUAAAGAUCAUGAAGAGGAGGACAGUGAGGAUGAUGCCGCCUCUGAAGAGUCGUUUGACGAGUUCAGGCAACUGUACGGAGAGCACCGCGGGGAUGAUGUCGACGACGAUGCAACGCCAAUUGAGAUGGAGUCAUAGGUAGUCAGCAGCCGUUCAGCAAAACGUGAAG